CUCGCCUGUCUUGGACUGCAGUUACCGACUCUAAUUCCGGCUCGCUAUGGUCCCGCUGGCGGCGCCGGGUACACGCUCGACGCGGGGCAGCACCGUCGAGGGCCUCGUCUCGCCCAAGAUGAGCGUUGUCGCAUCGUCGCUCUCGAGUGGCAACAGCCUCCCGGCCUUGCCGCGCACCGACCCGGCGCUCGGCGCCCUCAAGGCGCGCAAGAAGAUGAUGCAGAAGCAGCCGCCGACGUCGCGCCCGCAAACGGCGGCCGGUGAUUUUGACGGCGUCAUCUACCAGAGCCGCAUCAAGGCGCCAAAGGCGUACGAGACCUCGAGCGUCAAGGAGCGCUGGCUCCUCGCGGCCGUGCGCACGGUGCACACGGCCGACGCGCUCUUGAGCAACAACAGUCUCAGCGGCGCCGGUAACGCGUACAAGCACCUGCACAACGCCGAGGCGCGGGCCCGGUGCGCCGAGUCGCUCUACAAACUGUCGAAACAGCCGCUCUCGGAGCUCAUGAUCAUCCAGUCGGGCGCGAUCCAGAACAUUGCCGACCUCACGGACGUCGAAGACACGCACCUCGCCCACUACUGCGCUGCGACGCUGGCCAACCUCACGUCCACGACGGCCGACGAGACGUUGGGGGCGUUCAUCGCCAAGAAGGGCAUCCCUGUCGUCCUCGAGAUCUCGUGGUCGCCGAGUUACGACGUCAAGUGUCUCUGCGCGCUCACGCUCUGUCGGCUCUCGAUUGCGCCGGCGUUUGCAAAGUUCCUGCACUCGUCCAAAGCGAUCAUUGAGCUCGCGACGAUGCUGUCGCUGCCGUACGCGCCGCUGCAGCAGCUCUGCGUCCAGGCGCUGAGCAACAUGAUCGCGCACGGCUGUGAGUUUCCCGAAAAGCUCUUUGCGGGCGGCGGCUCCAACGCGCACACGAAUCUCGGCGUCAUCCUCGCGCUCUCCCAGCUCGUCCAAGACCCCAAGCACGGUCCGUUCGCGGCGGCUGUCAUUUACAACAUGAGUCUCCAGCCGUCGAGUGCGUCCGGCGCCGUCCGAGGCAGCGUCGGCGAGCUCCUCUACACCCUCGUGCACGCACCGCACGUGCACCUCCAGAACCGGUCGCGGCUCCAGACGGUCCAGUCGAUCAAAGACAUUGUUCUCCACGACGAGCAGAUGGGCAUCUCGCGCCUCCUCACCCGCGCGCUUGGUCACUUUUCCAAGUACUUGGACCUGCACUUGCUGCUUGGCGCGUGGAGUCUCAAAGCAACCUUGUACCUGCUCUCGCUCUACGAGUCGAUGCGGUCGACGCACGCCGACGUCUUCGACUUCAUUUUGGCGCCAGCGAGCCGCGUGCUCGCGAACUUGUCAGCGAACGACGAGUUUGUCAAGAUCGUCCUCUCGGAAAACGAGCCGCUCGUCAAGCGCACGGUCGAUCUCUUCAAGUGGGCCGCCUCCAACGACGAGUGCGCGCACAACACGAUUCGCACGUUCGCGAACCUCACGCGCAACGCCCGCUGCACCAAGGUGCUCGUCGCUUCCAACGUCGUGCCUGUCCUCAAUACCGCGCUGCUGCUGCCACCAACGACGCCACACCUCCCGAGCCUGAAGGAAGACGCGCUAGUUGCGCUGAUCAACAUUGCGUGCCACCAGCAGAUGCCCGAGAGCUGCUUCGCGCUGGAGCUGGACACGAGCCUCGCGUUUUCGUUCGAAGCGCACAAGGCCGCGUCGCCUGCGUUCGGCUACGCGGUCGCCAAGACCAUGUGCUACUGGACCUUUGACGCGCGGCUGCGAGCGAUGGUGCUGGGGGACAUGGACUUUCUCAUGGAGGCGCUCCUCUUCGGCUUUUACUUUCCGCUGCCCCAGAAAGCAGCGGCCUCCGACGCCUUUCACUCGGUCAAGCCCCGCACCGCGUCGCCCCUCGACGCGUUCGACGACGACGCCGACGGUGUCCACGCGCAAUUGCGGUUUUUGGCUGCCAUGUGCUACUGCGCGAGCGACGUGCGGUCCACCGACCACGUGCGCGCGCUCGUGCAAGUGAUUUUAACGUCGAUGGCCACGAGCCACGGCGCCAUCGAGUACUAUUGCGCUGGUAUCCUCUUUGCGCUCUCGCGCACGCUCUUGUGGCUCUUCCACAACGACGACGGCGGCAUCGAAGCCGAGUGGGCGGCUGUCCUCUACGCUGCGCCGAUCCAAGACGCCAUUCUGCGCCUGAGCCGGUCGACACUGCAGACGCAGACGACCUACACCAUGGGCACGCAGGCCUUCUGCACGAGCACGCUCUACCACGUGUGUGCGUCCGAACACACGAGCGCGCAAGCCCUCGCCGUGCUCGUCGAAGCCUGCAACGAGAGCGAAGACCCGGCGACGCUCAUGGCCUGCGCGUCGACGUUCGCGAUCGUCUCGUUCACGGCGGCGGGGCGCGACCUGCUCCUCACCACCCACGGGCUAGCGCAUGCCCUCAAUAAGCUCGGGCGCGCGUCCGUGUGUCAGCAGAACGCGGCGAUCGCAGCCUGCAACGUGGCCAUCGCAGGGUGCAUAUGGAGCGCGGAGGAGCUCAAGGACUUUGUCGUUGUCGCGCUCUUGCGCUCCAACUCGAGCGACGCUAUUCAGGUGCAUGCCAAGACGCUCUACAACCUCUUGUCCCACCCGACGUCGCGGCAUCAAGUGAUCGAGGAAGGCGUGCUCUACUCGUUCCUAAAGCUCGCGCAGCUGCAGACCAACGGGCUCAGCGGCCUCGAGGAGACGCUCUCGCUCUGUCUGCACGCACUCUUCAACCUCAGCGACCACGCGGGCCACCACGAGACGCUGCUCAAGCUCGGCGUGACGCCCUUCCUCUUCACGGGGGUGAGCGGGCGACGGAAGCGCAUGCUGCACUUCCUCAACGUCGACAGCCGCCGGUACGCGGUCGGGCUCCUCUGCAACCUCAGCGCUCGCGAAGCCAACCACAAGGAGCUCAUCACCAACGCGCAGGUCGUCGACAUCUUGCGAGCGCUCUGCGACGGCGACGUGGAGACGCGCGCGAGCGCGGCCAUGACGGUGCGCAACCUCACCUUGCACUUGGGCAACGCCGAAGUGAUGUGCACGCGGAACCUGCUGAGCUUGCUCUUGGUCUUUAUGACGUCGGGCCACGAGACCGUCCGGCGGCUCGCCGCUCAAGCCCUCGGCAACUGCUCGCUCGUGACGGAGCUCGUGCAUUUGUUUCAGCAGCUCAAUGUCGCCGACGCGCUCCUCAUCGUUCUCCACACGCCGCACCUCGAGACCGAGACUGCCAUCGCGAUACUCAAGACACUCCACAACCUCGCACUCGACGAUACGCUCGCCCUGCACCUGCUCCAGACGCAGGUUGUGGCGCGCUGGCAGUUGCUACCUGCCGCCUUUUGGUCCAAGAUCGAGCUAAGUGCCGUGGCGGCGGCCACUUGCCGUGUCUUGAGUCAAAAGCCCGAGGGUGUCGGUCUCGUUGCGAGCCAGCGCGCGGUGGAGCUGUGUCUGGUGCUCUGCGCGGGCAGUUUGCCCACGUCGUCGCUGGUCCUCGACUGCCUCGCGUGCCUUGGUCACCUCUCGUCGCACGUCGGCAGCCACCACAUCCUCUUUGCCAGCAACGUUGUCUCGGCGGUGCACACGCUCAUGGAAACCGCGCGACCGCUGCCGCCGACGCCAGUGGCGUUUGCAGAGCUCUACCUCUGCGCAACCGUGCUCUUGCGCAAUUUGUCUCUGAGCGCCACUGUUGCCGACGCGCUGCACCAUCAUCAUCCUCACCAUCACCACCACCAAGUGCUGCUGCAGCACGUGCACCGCCACCCCAACGCGCCACUCACGCCGGCGGAGAACGCGGCCGCCUCCAGCCAGCUCAUGAACGGCCUCGGAUGGCUCACGGCCAUGCUGCACGCGUUCGCAGCGGAUGCGGACGAGGCGCGGUAUGCCCGCAUGUGCGCUGAGGUCUGCGUGGCCGUCGCCAACUUGACCAAGCUCAAGCGCCUGCGCCAAGGACUGCUCGACCUCGGGGUACUUCAAGUGCUCCUCGAUAUCCACGGACGGUUCGGCGCGAAUCCAACGUAUCGAUUUAUCAACCAGACGUGCUCGGUGACGCUGCACCGGUUGGCGGCCGAAGACUCGGCCACGAUGGAGCCUGGCCUGAUCGAAGCUCUGCUCUCGGGUCUCGACCACGCCGACACGGCCGUGCACGAGGGCGAGCGCGAAGAAGGCAAGGUCUCGCGACUGCCGCACAAGACGCCAGCGUAUCUCACCACGUCCAAAGGCCUCUGUCGACAGACGUACCGGGACGUGCGCUGGGUCAACUACGUCGUGCAAGUGCCAAAUGCCGCCGACGUGACGUGGGACUUGACGGCCGACCCGAUGGCCAUGAGCCGCAUCCGAGGGCCGCUGCCGGCCAUCCAGGACGUCAAGGACGCGCGCUGCCAAGUCGAGUGCGCGAGCGAGCGCGAUACGAGCAUCGUACUCGGCAUCGACUCGGACAAGAAGGACAUUGAGACGCCGCCGCUGCCCGUCGUGGCGACCGCCGAGAGCGAAGAGUACGGCCGCACCAAGCCGUUCGACCGCCACAUGAAAACCAAUCGCCGGCACAGUCGGCAGAACGUCCUCAUGAUGAUGGCGCUGCCGCAACUCGAGCGUGACGCGGCGUCGUCCUCAUCAUAGAUCCAAUUUCUUUGUAAUCAAUGGUAUAGCAACCGUGCGCUGGA